AUGAAUUUGACCAAAAUCGGCCAUCAUCUCUCCGCAUCAAUCAGAAGAGCAUCGACGGGAAAGCCAACCGUAACUCUCGCAACCUUAGAGACCCUUCUGCAGCAAUGCCGAAACUCGAGUCACUUCGAUCAAAUCCUUUCCCAAAUGGUCAUCACUGGCUUCCUGGGCGACACUUUCGCUGCUAGCAGGCUGCUGAAAUUCUCCACUGACUCGCUCUUCGUUCCCAUCGCCCACUCCCACCGCAUCUUCAUUCACGUUCGGGGCCCCAACGGGUUCAUCUGUAACACCAUGAUGAGGGCUCAUGUACGGAGAAAUCGUCCGGAGCAGGCUCUGCUUGUUUACACAUUGAUGCGGGACGGUGAUGUCGCGGCCGAUACUUACACGUAUCCGAUUCUCCUGCAGUCUUGUUCACAGAGGCUAGCGGAGGUUGAAGGGAAAUUGAUUCAUGGCCAAGUGAUUAAGGUGGGUUUUGAUUCUGAUGUUUAUGUGGGGAAUACGUUGAUUAAUAUGUAUGCGGUUUGUGGGUGUUUGGGUGAUGCACGCAAAGUGUUCGAUGAAAGUUGUGCCUUGGACUCGGUAUCCUGGAAUUCGAUGUUGGCAGGGUAUGUAUCGGCAGAUAACGUGGAUGAGGCUAAGUGGUUGUAUGAAAGGAUGCCUGAGAGGAACGUAAUCGCUUCGAAUUCGAUGAUUGUGUUGCUUGGGAGGAGUGGGCAUUUGGAAGAGGCUGCUAAGGUGUUCGAUGAAAUGCCUGAGAGAGACUUGGUAUCGUGGAGUGCGUUGGUAUCUUGUUAUGAGCAGAAUGAGAUGUACGAUGAGGCGUUGAGGAAGUUUAAGGAAAUGGUUGUUGAUGGAGUACUGGUGGACGAGGUUGUGCUGAUCACUGUUCUUUCUGCUUGUACUCAUUUAGUGGUAGGUAUGACAGGGCAGUUGAUCCAUGCUUUGGCUAUCAAAGCUGGGAUUGAGUUAUACAUUAACCUUCAAAAUGCCUUGAUUCAUAUGUACUCCAUUUGUGGAGAAUUAGUUGCUGCUGAAAAGUUGUUCAGCUCUGCCUGCACCUUGGACCUUAUAUCGUGGAACUCUAUGAUCUCCGGGUACUUGAGAUGCGGGGAAGUGGAGAAGGCUAGGAGCUUAUUUGAUUCGAUGCCGCAGAGGGACACUGUGUCAUGGAGUGUGCUGAUAUCAGGCUAUGCCCAACGCGAUCGGUUUGCUGAUGCAUUGGCAUUGUUCCAGAAUAUGCAGCUUGAAGGGAUUCAGCCUGAUGAAACCAUUCUGGUGAGUGUUAUCUCAGCUUGCACACACUUGUCUGCCCUCGACCAAGGUGCAUGGAUUCAUGCAUAUAUUAGGAAGAAGCAAAUGAAAGUUAAUGUCAUACUAGGGACAACCCUUAUUGACAUGUACAUGAAAUUCGGUUCAGUACCAAAUGCCAUGGAAGUUUUCAGAGCCAUGGAAGAAAAGGGGGUAUCAACUUGGAAUGCUCUUAUUCUGGGUUUGGCGAUGAAUGGGUUCGUGAAGGAGUCCCUCGCCACUUUUUCGGAGAUGAAGGAGUGUAGUAUUGUGCCAAAUGAAAUAACGUUUCUAGCUGUGCUUGGUGCUUGCAGACACAUGGGCUUGGUAGAGGAAGGGCGUCGCCAUUUCGACGCCAUGUCCCGAAAGCACGGAAUAGAACCGACUAUCAAACACUAUGGAUGCAUGGUUGAUCUUCUUGGACGUGCAGGUAAGCUAACAGAAGCUGAAGAACUUAUUGCCAACAUGCCUGUGCCUCCUGAUGUUUCAACUUGGGGUGCUUUACUCGGGGCUUGUAAAAAACACGGGGACAAUGUGAUGGGAGAAAGAGUGGGAAGAAAAUUAGUAGAUCUUCAACCGGAGCAUGAUGGCUUUCAUGUUUUAUUGUCCAACAUAUAUGCUUCAAAGGGCAGCUGGGAUAAUGUGCAUGAGAUUCGAGGGAUGAUGAGGCAACACGGUGUGAUUAAGACACCGGGUUGUAGCAUGAUUGAGGUGAAGGGAACAAUUCACGAAUUUCUCGCAGGUGAUAAGACACACCCUCAGAGCGAAGAUAUCGAGAAAAUGCUGGAUGAUAUGGCUAAGAAACUAAAGAUGGAAGGUUAUGCACCAGAUACACGUGAAGUUUUGCUUGACAUUGACGAAGAAGAUAAAGAAACCACAUUGUUUAGACACAGCGAGAAGAUUGCAAUCGCCUUUGGGCUUCUCACCAUUGACGCACCUACACCAAUAAGAAUCAUGAAGAAUUUGCGGAUAUGCAAUGAUUGUCACAUGGCAGCUAAGUUAAUCUCUAGAGCUUAUGAUCGCGAAAUCGUGGUGAGGGAUCGACAUCGGUUCCAUCACUUCAAGCAGGGCUCAUGCUCGUGCCUGGAUUAUUGGUGA